AUGCCUUCUCUGCAAACAACGGAAGAGGCCGACAGAUUCCAUAAAAUGUUCACGUCAGAACAAGCACGUACGAUUCCAAUACAUCAGACAAAUCACUUGUCGGAGGCAAGACACUUCGAAAAGAAACACUCCUCGAAAGAGGAAACUCGCACUACCACCAUUCCAGUACGACCAGUUCAAUCAGAAUUUAAGGAGAGUAGCUAUCACAGAACUGAGUCGUCGAAGCAGGAAACCAGCCAGGGUGCACCGAUGCAGGUUUGUUGCGAUUUUUUGAAAAUUGUUUCUCUUCACCUCCCUAAGUAG